GCUAUCUCAGAGUUGAAGGAAGGAGCAUAGACACAAACUAUCCAAAAAAUAUCUCUGAUACUAACCAUGAACGAAGCUGAGGCUCAACAACAUGCCAGAGCCGAUUCGGACUCGACGGUGACCGAAUUUACAAACGCGAACGAACGGACGCCUCUCGUCUCCAAACCACCUCCGAGCACAAGUCCACAAACUACAGAGAAUCUAAGCAAGACUCAUUUCGGUUUUCUUCUAGCUGGCAUCUGGACACUCUCAUUCAUUGGUUCUCUUGACGCCACCAUCGUCGCCACACUCGUCUCGCUUAUCGGCUCUUCUUUCGAAGCACUUCAGUAUUCCUCAUGGAUCGGAACAACUUAUCUCUUGACAGUAUGCGGCUGUACUUCGUUGUACGGACGACUAUGUAAUAUUAUAGGGAGGCGGGCGUCUGCGUUGAUGGCGGGUGGGCUAUUUGGCUUGGGCACAGCGUUGUGUGGAGUUGCAGGCAGUAUGCCUCAGUUGUUGUUCUUCCGAGCGCUUGCAGGCGCCGGAGGCGGAGGAAUGGCUGUUGUCGGAAAUGUCAUUAUAAGCGACGUUGUCCCUCUGAAAAGUAGAGGGCUUUACCAAGGAUUCGCGAACCUGCUCUUCGCUUUGGGUGGCGCAGUCGGAGCACCACUGGGUGGUUGGUUAGGGGAUACUAUUGGAUGGCGUGCAGCCUUCCUUAUCCAAUCCCCCGUCCUCCUCAUCGGUCUUAUCCUCCUCUACCUCAAGGUCCGGGAACCUCCCUCCUUCCUCGAGUCCUCCCACUCCAAAACUCCUAUGUCGCAAAAGCUCAAACGGAUCGACUGGGCGGGGCCGUUGACGCUUGUGUUGAGUCUUGGAAGUCUGUUAGUUGGACUGACAGUGGGUGAAAAGUUGGCUGAUCCGGGUGAGAAUAUGAGUUGGUGGAGCGGCAAGGCCGGGAUGUGGGGAUUUAUUGGAGCUAGUGCAUUCUUCAUUGUGCUCUUCGUGCUCGUCGAAGUGAAGUUCGCCGUGGAACCCGUUAUGCCAAUCUCCAUGUUGAAGAGGCGUAACCCGGCUUUCGUCGCCUUGAACAAUUUCUUGAUCGCGGUUCUCUCGUUUUCGACGGUCUAUACAACCCCUCUCUUCUUCACCGCUGCGCUCCUGCAAUCGUCUACCUCCGCUGGCCGCCACCUUAUCCCCAACUCUGCUUGUAUCGCCAUCGGCAGCUUGUUUGCCGGAUGGUACAUGAGGCACACGGGGAAGUAUUGGUGGUUGGAGGUAUUUUGUGGGUUGGGGCUUGUAGGGGCGAACGUUUUGCUGAGCUCUUGGACGAAUAAGACUCCGGAAUGGGUGCUUUAUAUCACGCUGAUACCUAACGGCUUCGGCUUCGCAUCGAUCCUCACAACAACACUUCUCGCCCUCUUCGCGAGCGUACCGCGCGAUCAGAUCCCCAUCGCCACCGGGAUUUCAUACCUAUUCAGAACGACAGGUCAAGUCCUCGGUGUCGCGCUGUCGUCGACUUUGUUGCAGACCUUGGUCGCUAAGAAUUUGAAGGUGAGGAUCACGGAAGAUGAAGUAGAAGGAGCGGCGAAGAUCAUAUCCAAGAUCCUCGACUCGACAGAGUACAUGCACAUCUUGCCUCCGUUGCUCCGUCAAAAAGCAACGGAAAGCUGGGCGUUGGCGCUCAGAGUCGUGUUUCAAGUGCAGAUCGUCGUCGCGAUCCUCCUAAUACUCACACUUCUACCUAUCAAAGAGUAUCCAUUACCAGACACUGUAAAUGGGCCACCUCCUAAACAAAAUGGUAAUGUAGACGAGGCAAGGGAGACAGGCGUAGAUGAGGAAGCUCAGACGGCUGAAGAGGAGGGUGUGUCUGGUGGGGGUGUGUCUGGCGAGCGGAGAGAACAGUGAUUUCAGUAUACAGAGGCGAUCUAGCUGGAUGUGAUUGUAGAUAAGUACAUGUGC